UGCCUCUCUGAUUACCUGAUGUUCUGCAUUCUCUUCACAGAGGCUCUGAAUACCAUUGAGAAUUCUGUCUACAGAACAGCCCUGAAGCUCCGUGCUGUGCAAAGCCUAUGCCAGCUCAAGUUGACUGACGUCUCUUUGAUUCAGCAAAUCCUGCCAAACCACAAAUGCCGGGCAGAGAAGCAGAAGCCUCUCUCCGUAGAGCAACUCAUGCGACUGCUAAAGGAGCUGUUUAAGAGAACCAGAUUAGAGAAGCCAGGCCAGGUGGAGCCAAAGGCCGCUGAACUAACUCUGAGCCUCCUGACUUCUGCGUAUGACAGGAAUGGAGUGGGCUUUAUCCAGCCCCGAUCAGCUGCAGCUGCUCUAAUUGCUCUCUCAGGGGAUGGCCUGCUUACCAAAUAUAGAGCUCUCUUUCAGCUUUACGCAACCUGUGCAGGAAGGAGCGCCAGCCGGAUUCAUAUUUCUCGAAACGGUGUGAGGAAUCUGCUAACAGACUUACUCCAGAUCCUGGCAGUCGUGGGAGAACGCCGUAACCUGUCUAACGUGGAAAUUGCACUGAAGAGUUGUUUCAGUGGGGUUCUGGGUUCUGCAGUUGAUGAAGAGAGGUUCUUAGCUUGGCUCCAGUCUGAACCUGCCAUCCUUCUCUGGCUCCCCACCUGCUACAGAUUGUCAGCGACAGAAAUGGUCAAACACCAGGUCAAAUGUAACAUCUGCAAGAGCUUUCCCAUCACUGGACUAAGGUAUCGUUGCCUGAAGUGCCUGAACUUUGACAUUUGCCAAGUCUGUUUCUUUACCGGACAACUCUGCAAACCUCACAAGAAAUCUCACCCUGUGAUGGAGCACUGUGUGCCGGUGUCCACAAAGGAGAGAACAAAGUUGUUUUUCCGCAUCAUCCGAAACAACUUGCUCCAAGGGCGCUGCGAGAGGAAGGAAGCUCUGAGAAGGAAGACCUUGGUGGUGUUGGGGGAUGCAGGCUACUCUGCUGACAGCCAUGCGCACUUCUGCGCUAGUCAUUCCACUUCUUCAAGGCAGCAUGUGCCAUCUAAUCCUAUCUGCUCAGUGCAUACUUUGGACCGGCAGUUAAGCAGUCCUUUAGAUGCCAAAGUAUCCCAAGGACAGAUGAUGGCAAACAACAAUAGCCUACUAUGUCAAGAGAAAACAUCCAGUCAGACACUUGCUUCUCUUAAGGCGGAAUUGGCUAAAACACAGGAAUCCAUCAAGGCCCUUCACAGUGAGAGGAGGUACUUGAAGAAGCAACUGAACAAGGGCAAGGGCAAAAUACAGCUCCUUCACUCGGCUCAGGAAGACAGAAACCGUUCACUACAAGCAAAGAUCCGUGAGCUAUUAGGAAGCCAGGAUAACCUCAAGCUGGAGCUUCAGGAAAUGAGAGAGGAAAUUAAGAACGUCGCUAUAUGGAGCAAGGAGCCCUUGAAGGAAAGAAAUCUCCAGACUGGAUCCGGUUGCCCUUCGUUAAAGCCCAAACGUGUGGAAUAUUCAAAAUACAAGUCUCCAGAGCUCCUCUCCUCUUGGAUUAAAAGGAAGUGGCUUUUGGAACCACAGGGGGGUCAUCUCGCCAGAAAUGCAGGAGGAUCACCGGAGAACACGCUGAGAGCCCAAUUCUUCCCGAAUGCUCCCCCUGAGGUUGCUCAUCAUGAAAGCCCCCAAGAGAGAACUGCUCCACUAACAGACUGCUCUGAAGCAAACAGGGACCGUCUCAGUAACGGGAUUAGGAGCAUAAGCCCUAACUAUUCCACGGCAACGGAAGCUCCUCAUAAUGAGAUGCAGAUGGAGGAGGAGGAACUGCAGCAGUUAAUGAUGAAGUUGAAGGAUGCCUUGUCUGUCCAAGUAUGGCAAGGUCAGCUCUCUGUUCUUAAGGAAGGAUUGCUCUUAACAGCUAAGAAUGUUUGCAAGUCUUUCUCUGAUCUUAUCAGCCAAGUAACUUUGCCAACUAGGAAAUAUGGUUAUGCUGAUAUUGGUUCUUCUGCCUCCAUCACUGCUUGAUUGCCUAAGGUAAAAAAGACAGCUACAUAAUGCUAAUUCUCCAAAAGUGUCCAGAAAUUCAUUUAGAGUUAGCU